ACGACCGAGUCGCGCGGGCGCGUGGUCACGAGCUCGGGGCUGCGGGGCCGCGGCUCGGAGGCAGCCGCGGCCGAGAGCGCGCGCCCCCGCGCGCCCCCGCAGGAAGCAGCGGACGACUGCAGGAAUCGCGCCUAUCGAUCUCCCGGCGCCCGUCGCCGGCGCCGCGCCGGGCUCCCUCCUGUGUUCCGCCGUUGCCGGCGGCGGCGGCUCCUUCCUACUGCUGCUCCUCGGCGGGGGCAGCGGGGGGCGCAAAAUGGCGGCCGAGGAGAAUGCCGCCACCAAGGUGGACCACCCGGCCGAGACGGUCGAGUCGCUGACGCGCGAGAUCGAGCAGCUCAAGGCGAGGCUCGAGGAAGAGAGGAAGAAGAUCAACGACGUCAGUGUAACCUCGUUGGCCGGCAAAGUGGAGCCCAUCAAGGAUCUGAACAUCAAGCUGCGCAGGGUUCUCAAGGGCCACCAGGGAAAAGUACUCUGCUCCGACUGGUCGCAGGACAAGCGACACAUCGUCAGCUCGUCCCAGGAUGGCAAGAUGAUCAUAUGGGACGCCUUUACUACGAACAAGGAGCACGCUGUGACGAUGCCAACAACCUGGGUGAUGGCUUGCGCCUAUGCGCCGUCGGGGAACAUGGUCGCCUGUGGUGGUUUGGACAACAAGGUGACCGUGUACCCGCUCAGCUUCGAGGAAGAAGUAUCCGCGAAGAAGAAAGCAGUCGGGACACACACCAGCUACAUGUCCUGCUGCCUCUUCCCGAACUCGGACCAACAGAUCCUGACGGGCAGCGGUGACAGCACGUGCGCGUUGUGGGACGUGGAGUGUUCGCAACUGCUCCAGAGUUUCCACGGCCACUCCGCCGACGUCAUGGCACUCGACCUGUCGCCUACAGAGAUGGGCAACACAUUCGUCUCCGCAGGCUGUGACAGGCAAGCGCUCGUGUGGGACAUGCGGUCAGGACAGUGCGUGCAGUCCUUCCAGGGGCACGAAUCGGACAUAAACACCGUCAAGUUCUACCCGAGCGGAGAUGCCAUCGCCACCGGCUCGGAUGACGCCACCUGUCGUCUCUAUGAUCUACGUGCUGACAGGGAAGUAGCCGUUUAUUCCAAGCAGAGUAUCAUCUUCGGCGUUAACUCAGUGGACUUCUCAGUGAGCGGUCGCUUACUCUUCGGCGGCUACAACGACUACACGGUGAACGUGUGGGAUACACUCAAGUGCGUGCGACUCAGCAUCCUCUACGGUCACGAGAACCGCGUCACCUGCCUCAAGGUGUCGCCCGACGGAACCGCGCUCUCCACAGGCAGCUGGGACUUCACGCUCAGGGUAUGGGCCUAAGUAGGCGAACGCCUACGAGAAACAUCUCGGCCCGAAAUGCAGCCGGCCACCCUCGAGGGCCUCCACUGGCGCCGCGAAUGAUUUUCCGCGCCGAGAAUGACGCGCCUCCCGCAGGUGAACGGAGCGUAUGCAGCACAGACGAAGAGGACUUUCCUCUUGUUUACUUUUGCGACACUUAGUUCAACUGGCAACGACGGCGUGCGAUAGUAACAACAACAACAAAAAAGUAUGGCCAAAACGACGUAUUCGGAAUGAAGCCUCGCGGCCUCAUCGAAGAGAGGGCUUGACACAACCAUCCAUGAACGAAGCACCCUCUCGCCCUCUCCUCUAUGAUUCCGCAAUGGCCCGUAUGGCACAACAUUUUUUGUCACUGCCAUCGACGUGAGGGAGAUACAUAUUAGACGUCUUCCUUUUCCUGUGUGAUUUUCUGGGUGACGGAGUAUAUAAAAAAGAAAGGAAUCAUGACUUAGAACGAGAGAUCUGUAAUUACGAAGUAUAAUUGUCCUACUCGGAACGGCCGCACGCCGAAGUUGCGCAGCAGCGUUUCUGAACACGACCAUGAACAACAGGCAGUUCUUUUCGAAAGUUCUUACUCCAAUGUCCUUUUAGAUUUGCGUCACUUUCAGUCGUGGCUUCUUGGCGUCCUAGCCUCUAGAGUACAGGAUCCGAAUUCACGAAGUCUUUUUUUUUAAGAAGUCGUUAGCAUUGACUGGCCGCCUUCGCUAAUAUGCCAAAUAUCAAGAUUGCCUGGAAUUUACUAUUACGAAGAACUCUAGCGUAAGAAACCUUUUAUGAAUACGGGCUCAGUAGACAGAGAUAAUUAAUAGGAACUGAGUCAGGCACUCUUUGUUUCCCGCAUUCAUAGGUACAACCGGGCACAAAUAUUCGUUUCAUUUGAAGCCAGGCGAUGGCGAAAAUUCUAUUUACAUGCUGCUAGAAACAUAGCCCUAAGCGCAGAUUCGUUCGGGACAUUCGGUACGUCGCGUGUGUUAUCUGUUGACGCAUCGAUCUUCUUUUAUUUCUUUCGCAUUACCGCUAUGACGCCUCGUCUACGUUCAUAACAUAAGCAGUCGAUUUGGAGAAAGGAGCAGUCAUUAUUACCCGUCCGCGUUAUAACGGUAGAGAAGUCGAGCGGUCGCUUGCAAAACUAUGGGUCGGAAAAGAAGUGUUGCCGAAGAUUCUGUUUUUGUUAUCAGUUCGCGAACAACGCGGCACAUCUACUCCGUACCGUCUUCCGCAGGGCUCAAGACGAAGCGCCCGCCCAGACACGCCGCUAAUCGGUCUGUCUUUACGGCUUUUCCACUCUCAGCGUUUCGACUCGCAGUCCCGCACCAAGUCGACGCGGACUUCGCACACUUUCGCGAGGGCGCGGAUAUAACGUCGCGAAAUCGCGCGGACCGGCGUUGCGCAUCAACGCCGGUGCCUGCUCGAUGGACUCGUCCAUCAGAACGUGAAGUAGAAAGCGAGGCGUGUUCCCAUCAAGUCGCCGUUGUCGUUUCGAUGGUCGCGGGUAGGUCUAAUCGCCCAGCCACCCCACCGCCGCUCACGGAUCAAGAAACGUUCGGCAUGAGACCGUUGGUUUUGGCGCGAGUGGGCGACCAGUUAACGUGACAGUGAGGAAAAGCAUGGAGUAACAGCACGGAGUGGAGAGCGUCGAAAGGCGGCAUCUGAUAGCGCAGGUCGUAAGGUUUUACGACUGCGCGCUGAGUUGCCAUGGCAACCGUUGUGAAUCGACGGAACGCUGCCACGCGAAGGGCUCGGAAUUUGCCUGGAACGUCCGCAGCGUUUCGGGAAUAAGCCUCCGUAGGGCUUUCUUUCCAACAUCGCGCCAAUGGCCCUACGUUGAGACUGUAUCGCUGCGCGAUCCAUCGGUUCGCGUUGGAACGCUAGACGCAGCGGCGCACAAAACCUCGUUCUCUAACUAAGAGGGAGAGAACGCGCAGUGCGCGUGGUGCAGAGUGAGGCUUCGAAGGAGACGAGCGCACGACAUGCGCCCGUGGUCUCGCGCCACGGGGUGUUUGGUGGCAAACCGGGUUGGCGCGCCCACGCAGCCUGGUUUGCGUCUCAACGGAAAACUCUACGUCCGACACACAGCUUUCCUCGUGAAAUCCCCUCCUUUCCCUGUAAACCAUGUCAAAACUUGUGUAUUGUUGAGAGUGAGUGCGUAUGCCUGUAAAUACCUGGAGUGAAUGAAAGCUCGCUACGUCAUGAUGGAAACGAUUAAGGGACACGGUGGAAAUAAACCUUAACUACGUGGGA